CCAGACUCCGGCUCCACCCCCGCCACCUCCUCCGCCCCCGCCGCCGCCGCCUCUGCCACCGCCAGCCCCGCGGGGUCCUAAAGCCGCUCGGCUGAAGAGGAUGGUCCGACUGGCUGCGGAACUGCUGCUGCUUCUGGGACUUUUGCUGCUUACCUUGCACAUCACUGUACUGCGGGGUAACGGUGCAGACGGGCCGGACGCAGCCCCCAGCAACGCUAGCCACGGACAACUGCAGAACAACCUCAAUGUGGAAAGCCAUUCUUUAUCAGAGCCCAGUUUCUCACUCACCAGGGAAGAGCAGAGGGAGUAUCCUGACCAUCAAGCUGCACACAGACCAUUCCCCAAGCAACGAUUCAGGCAAGAGCACAGCCAUACAUCUUUACAGAGAGAUGGUCCCAGGUCCUUUCUCUUAGAUCUACCAAACUUUCCAGAUCUCUCAAAAGCUGAUAUCAAUGGACAAAAUCCAAACAUUCAGGUUACCAUAGAGGUUGUUGAUGGUCCAGACACAGAGUCAGAGAAAGACUUGCACCCAGAAAACAAGCCCAGCUGGCCAAUCCCAUCACCUGAUUGGCGUAAUUGGUGGCAGAGGUCUUCCACCUUGACAAGGGUAAACAGUGGUGACCAGGACUACAAGUUUGAUAGCACUACAGAAGAUAGCAACUUCCUCAACCCCCCCAGGGGAUGGGAUCGCCAUGCCCCAAGCCAUCGGACUUUUGAAACCAAAGAACAGCCAGAAUAUGAUUACAUUGAUGGGGAAGGAGACUGGAGCCCAUGGUCUGUCUGCAGUGUAACCUGUGGAAGUGGCAAUCAGAAGCGAACCAGGUCCUGUGGCUACGCCUGUACAGCCACAGAGUCUCGAACAUGUGACCGCCCAAACUGCCCAGGAAUUGAAGACACCUUUCGGACAGCUGCCACAGAAGUAAGCCUGCUUGCAGGAAGUGAAGAAUUUAACGCCACCAAACUUUUUGAAGUUGACACUGACAGUUGUGAGAGAUGGAUGAGCUGCAAGAGUGAGUUUUUAAAGAAGUAUAUGCACAAAGUGAUCAAUGACCUUCCUAGCUGCCCUUGUUCCUAUCCAACAGAAGUUGCCUACAGCACAGCAGAGAUCUUUGACCAUAAUAAGCGGAAAGACUUUCGCUGGAAGGAUGCAAGUGGACCAAAGGAGAAGCUGGACAUUUACAAGCCUACAGCCCGAUAUUGCAUCAGAUCCAUGCUCUCCUUGGAAAGCACAACACUGGCAGCCCAGCACUGUUGUUAUGAUGACAAUAUGCAACUCAUUACCAGGGGAAAAGGCGCUGGGACUCCAAACCUGAUUAGCAUCGAGUUCUCUGCAGAGCUCCAUUACAAAGUAGACAUUUUGCCCUGGAUAAUUUGCAAGGGAGACUGGAGCAGGUAUAAUGAAGCCCGGCCUCCAAACAAUGGUCAAAAAUGUACAGAAAAUCCUUCUGAUGAAGACUAUUACAAGCAGUUCCAGGAAGCUAGGGAAUAUUAAGAGGGUGAGGCUAUUCAGCCUUGAGGGGGAAGGUAAUAAUUCUACACCUAGCACCUGUGAUAACAAAUUUUCUGCACUGAUCUGCUUGAAAUGGAGUUAAUCUACUUCUUUAUAAUAUAUAUGUAUAUUUGUAUAUAAUAAUACAUGUGUAUUUUCCAUAAGUUACAGAAUGGUCAUGCAUAGAGCCAUGAGACUUUUUAUAUGAAGUCAUACAUACCCUUUUAUGCAUACUGAAAAUAAUGUAUAUGGUGAUCAAACCUAUGUAGAAAGGGGGGGAAAAGUAAGCCAGGAAAAUAAGCAGGAAUAAGUAGUUGGUGUGAUUAAACUCAUGCUUUGACCCAGUAUUUCAGAGUAUAGGGAAGGAAAAGGGGAAAAGAGGUUAAAAGUUUUAAACAUUAUAGACAGUUUUUAUAUAUAACUUAUUUAAUAUGAAUGUGACAAGCAUAACCUUUUCUCUGGAGCUAUAUUCAUAAAAAUAUUUAGUCACAUCUCUAAGAAUAGAGAAAGGAAUUGUCCUGGGGAAGUAAAAGAGAAAGGGAAUAUUAAUGACUUUUUAAAAAUCCACAAAUGCCAAAAAUGAAAAAGAAAUACAACCUCAAACCAAAUAUUAUUUAGUCCUAAGGCACCUUCUUGAGGUUCAGGUUUCCAUAGGCCCCUUGUUUCAAAUUAGUGCUGAGUUUGGCAUUUCAUGGCAAAUCUGGGGCCUGGUUUUUGCCAUGCCAUCAAAAGCCUCUGGAGUAUAAGGUCAAUAUUUGUUUACUUGGGUGAUUUUAGAAAAAGCCAGAGAGGCACCAAAACUUCAAGUUCUUAUCCAUGCCUUAGCAGGAUAAUCACAGGAAUUUUGAAUAUUCAGAAGGAAAUAGCACUUUUUUGGAAAGAGGAACAAGAUGAAUAGAAAAUAAAACUUACUGUUUUGUUUUUAUGUCACCUCACCUUUCUCCUCCCCACCCCCAUAUGCUCCCAGUUUGCGUGUCAUUGGUUAGUAAAUGUUGUUGUUUAAAGAAGGGCUUGGGGCUGGGGAUCCUAAAUUGUUUUUAAUGUUUUAAGGAAAAAACUGCAUUAUUUUUGUAAAGUAUUUAUUAAGUUGUUGUGUCUCAUGCAUCAGGCAAUUUUGAUAUGAUCUGCUUCUGUAGGGUGGGAUUUGGUGCAAGUAAAGGACUGAUUUGUAGGGAAUAUUUUACUUGCAAAACUCUAGAAAAAGAGAAUCUAUAAAUAAAAUCAUUAUAGUAUUUA